CGUAAAGGGAGCAUCGUACAGCGCUCUGCUUCUGUUGUGCUCGACACUGUUGAGAAUGUGAAACAGGCAAUACGGAGGAGUAGUAUUCACGACGUUUACGAGAAGGCAAAGAAGCGAGGUGUUGAGUUACAAAGGAGCAAAUGGGCCAUGCGACUCUUUGAAUACACCUUCUACCUCAUACUUGUCGCCUUUGUCUACUUUGUUCUGAUAGGACUACCGCUUUGGAAAGGCACCGUGUACUGGUUGUAUUGGGUCUUCGACAGAAAAUUCACGGUCGCCGGUACCUGGGCUGUUACAAUCGGCAUCGCUUUUAUCUACGCUUAUACUCCUCUCCUUGUCUUCUUCGAGAAGGACCCGCCUAUGCCUGUUGAUCUUGACAAUAUCGAUCCAACUCGAACACCGGGCGUUCACAACACAGCACUAAUGAUACCCUGCUACAAGAGCGCCAAGAUUAUUGGUCCUACUCUAGAAGCAGCCUUGAAAAUAUUUCCACCUUCACACAUCUUUGUUAUCGCCAACGGAAACAGCCCAACACCCCUCGACGAUACCGAAGUUGUGUGCCGCCCGUAUGGAGUCAACCAUGUCUGGUCGCCAGUCGGCUCGAAGAUCGUAGCUCAAUUUGUUGGAUGCUACGCCGCUCGAGGCUUCAAGAAUGUCCUGCUCAUUGACGACGAUUGUGCUCUUCCGCCAAAUUUUCCCAUCGUCAGCGACAGGAUGACGCCAACGAUUAAAUGUAUAGGAUACACAAUCAAAUCUGUGGGACCAGAGUCAUCGCGAGGUACUUUAUGUCAACAAGCGCAGGAUCUGGAAUACAAGAUCAGUGGCAUUCAGCGAGCCCUAGCUGGAUAUGUCGGUAGUGCAACUUUUCCUCAUGGAGCUAUCUCCUUAUGGGACCGGGACUUCCUGAUACAAACAUUCUACAAACACCCUGGUUUUAGCGUCUCUGAGGACUGGUUCUUCGGUCAUGUGGCUCGACAACUCGGCUCCAGGAUCACAAUGUGUACUUCUGUCUUUAUCGAGACGGAAACACCAAGUGCGGUCUUCUUCAGUUCUGGAGGUGCACGAGGAGGCUUUGGCGAAAUGACGAUAUUUAAACAACGAUUUCAUCGCUGGAAUUUCUUCUUCGUCAAUGGACUAUACUACAACAUGGCUUAUAUUCUAGGUUCCUGGAAACUCGGCUUCUGGGAGUUAGGAGCGAAGCUGUUUGUGUUCCAAGAAGUCUAUGAGACUUUGUUGUACCUCUUGUCGCCAUUUGUCCUUCCCAUUUCGAUCAUCGUACGUCCUGCCUUCUUCGGAUACUUGUUCGCAGGCACGUUUGUGCUGUACUUCCUCAACGUCGUCAUUUUCAACGAGUUGCAUCUGAGGCUGAAGAAGGAAAGAGUGGGAUCUACAUGUCUCUAUCUCUACUACAUGCCUUACAAAGUCGUGCUCACUUUGGUCAAUGUAGGCAGCUGCUACUGGUCUCUCUACAAAUACGCAAAAUACUUUGCCCGCCGCCACCCGAAAAUCGUUGAAGACGAAAAAGCAGUAGAUGUAGUGCUGAGAAUGGAAGAACAGCAUGAUACUCUAGCCGAUCAGGGACGACGCAUGACCAUCACAGCAGUAGGCGCCCAAACCCAAGGCUCAGUAGUGGAACAAACACCUUCAGGACCUACUGAGCGUAAAAUGACAGUCACGGCUUUGGGUCCUAAACUCGAUAUUCAGCCUAUGUCGCCAGUAGCCGAGCAACCCGAG